AUCACAAAAUAUUGUGAAUUUCAUAUACACAAGUCUAGUCUACAUGAUGAGUGCAUAGCCAAAACUUAAUUAUAGAACACAAUGUGGAGCAAUUACUCUACACUUGUUCUUCCAUUCUUUUGCUUCAUUUUGAGUGCAAAUUACUAUAGUAACCUUGCUUCAGCUAAUACUGAAUGCAUGAAAACAAGGUGUAAUCACAAAGAUGCUCCCACUAUUCAAUACCCUUUUAGACUCCAAAACAUUCAACCACAAAAUUGUGGAAAAACUGGUUUUGAUCUUUCAUGCAAUGAGAAUCACCAAACCAUACUAAAAUUUCCAACUUCAAUCAAUUUUAUUGUCAACAAAAUUGAUUACAAGUCCCAAAAUAUUCAUGUGACUGACCCAAAUGGAUGUCUUCCAAAGCUCCUUUCAAAACUCAAUCUAUCAUCCACCCCUUUUCAUUUCAUUGACAAAUCCAAUUCAAAUUCAAAUUCCAAUUAUACACUCUUCAAUUGUUCAUCCAUGAACACUGCUUUACAAUCUUAUUACCCUUCCAUUAAAUGUCUUUCUUCUGAUGAAUACCGAGUUUAUGCAUUGGACUCCACACUUCAAAUUAAGGAUGUUCCUUUGACAUAUUGUACCAAGUUGUAUGACAUGUCUUUUGUUCCAGAAGAGGUUGUUUUAAGCCAUGGUGAUGAUCUUGUUUUAGGAUGGGAUACAAGUUGUGGCAAUCAAAGUGAAACAAAACAUGAAUGUAACAAAAAUGUCAAGAAAUCUAAAGGAGCAGGGAGAAAAAUGGAAAUUCUAGUACCGAUACUAUCAUGUCUUGGAAUUUUACUACUAGUCACAGCGUUAUAUCACGUUCGAUACACAACUCAAAAAGACAAAGAAAAUGAAGCAAGAAUAGAAAAGUUCUUAGAAGAUUAUAGAGCAUUGAAACCUACAAGGUAUUCCUAUUCAGACAUAAAAAGGAUCACAAACAAUUUCAAGAACGAACUUGGACAAGGAGCAUAUGGAACGGUGUACAAAGGUAAACUAUCUAGCGAUGUAUAUGUCGCGGUCAAGCUUCUCAAAACAUCGACAGGAAAUGGACCUGAGUUCAUCAAUGAAGUAGGAACAAUGAGUCAAAUCCAUCAUGUUAAUGUUGUUCACUUAGUUGGCUUCUGCGCGGACGGACAUAAGCGAGCACUUGUUUACGAGUAUUUACCAAAUGGUUCGUUGCAGAAGUAUAUUUCCACGACGGAUUUCAAAAACCAUUUUUUGAGUUGGGAGAAGUUACAAGAAAUCGCGCUUGGAAUAGCGAAAGGGAUUGAGUAUCUUCACCAAGGGUGUGACCAGAGGAUACUUCAUUUUGAUAUAAAGCCACAUAAUAUCUUACUUGACAAUAACUUUACUCCUAAGAUAUCUGAUUUUGGUUUGGCUAAGCUUUGUUCAAAGGAUCAGAGCGCGGUUUCCAUGACCGCGGCUAGGGGGACUAUUGGUUACAUAGCACCUGAAGUUUUUUCUAGGAACUUCGGGAAUGUGUCGUAUAAGUCUGAUGUAUAUAGUUUUGGAAUGUUGUUGCUUGAGAUGGUCGGGGGGAGACAAAAUGUAGAUGUUGUAGACAAGGGAAGUGGUUUAGGGUAUUUUCCGGAAUGGAUUUAUAAUUUGCUAGAGCAAGGGGAUGAUUUGAGUGAACAUAUUGAGGUGGAGAAAUACGCGAAAAUAGCAAAGAAACUUGCGAUUGCGGGACUUUGGUGUAUUCAGUGGCACCCGGUGGAUCGUCCUUCAAUGCAAGUUGUUGUUCAUAUGUUGGAAGGAGAUGGAGGUAAGUUAAGUAUGCCACCUAAUCCAUUUGCUUCUGCUGAUCCUGCUAUAAUGAAUGUGAGUUUAAUUGGAAGACACUUUCAUAGAGAGUGAUACAUGAUUCAUGUAAAUAUGGACUACAUUAUAUGUUCUUCAUUUGAUGUGUUACAGCUUUUGUUUUUUAUAGUUGCUGUUGUUAAAGCUUGAAGCUUAUAAAUUGAGACCAUGUCUUGAUGUGUUGAUAAGGUUUUUAUAACAAUUGUUUGUGAAAUUAACUUUCUUUUGACAUGAUCUAAGCCUCUUAAGUCCUAAUAAUUGGUUAGACUUCAUUCAAUAUCUCUAAUUUACAUCUUAUAGUUUUGAUUGCAAAAAGCUUCAUGUGUGUGAUGGCCAUAUUCUAUAAACAACUAACUAGCAGAUAGCUAUACAUGCAGUUGGCUAGCUAUCUCAUGAAGCUCUCAUUCAAGAAAAUUUAAUUUUUUAACUAUAUAUAAAAAUAACUCUAAACUUUGAUUUUCUUUAUUUAAAGCAAUUACAGUGAAGAAGGAAUUUUGUCUCCUAAUU